AUGGCAAUUGUUGAGCAUUUUGUACUCCCUCCGACGACAUAUGUGCCAAACAAUAAACUGCCGGUCAUUGUGUACCGCGAUGUUUUGCCUGAACCUCACGCGGAAGACAGUACUACGCAGUUUCUAGAGGCCAAUAAAUGGCAAAAGAAGGGGUUCUGGCCAGGAACCGAGGUCCACCACUUCCAUCCCAACACUCAUGAAUGCUAUGGCGUUGUUGUCGGCACGACAACUAUGCUCGUUGGUCGCGGGCAACUUGACGGGUCUUCUGGUGGCCAGACAAUCGCCCUCCGCGCUGGGGAUGUCAUUGUUAUCCCAGCCGGAGUAUCGCAUAUGAAUGUUACCAUGACUGAGGAUUACCGUUUUGUCGGGGUGUAUCCAGAUGGCUCUCCACAAUGGACAAGUCAGCGAUGCGAUAAGCUGGGUAUUAUGACCGAACUAAAAAAUGAAAUUUCCUGCGUGCCUUUGCCCGCCGCAGACCCAGUCGAAGGCGAGGGAGGGACGCUCAUCAAGCUGUGGAGCAGUAGCGAGUCAUGA